AUUGGGAUAUUUUUAUUUCAGAGGGCUAUCUCUUUUUUCAAGGGCUCGUGGAUGUUGGGCACCGUUGUCUUCCCCAUGGACAUUUCUUGCUCAAGAGGAAAGGUAGAGGCUAGAUAGUGUCGGCGAGUCCCUAUUUAGUCUCGAUACCCAUUCGCUAAUCCCAAAAAACACAGAGAAAGUCCCGUUAUCGUAAAUCCAUGGAAGACAACACGAGAGCAGCAGCACCACCACCACCUCAGCCACCAAAUUUCGAUCUCAACGACACCAACAACACCGCCUUGGUCGAUGCUUUCUGCGAGAUCACCUCUUCUUCCAAACAAGAAGCCCUAUUUUUCUUAGAAAGUCACCAAUGGGAUCUAGACUCGGCUGUCUCUACCUUCCUCGACAACGACUCCGCCCCGCCCCUCGUAACUGCAAUCCCUCCUCUUCCUUCUCACCCAGUUAACUCUGCCUCUCCCUCUCCUUCCCCGUCCCCUCCGCAGUCUCACUCCCCCAAUUACUCUCCCUCCCAAUCUCCGUCUCGGUCUCGCUCUCCUUCUCCGAUCCCGUCUCGAGCUCCCUACCGGCUAAGAUCGAGGGGUAAGAAGCCCAGCGCCAAUCAGACACGUGGCGGAGUCCGAACGCUUGCUGAUCUUAAUCGGACCCCUAAUGCUGGGUCCGAUAGUGAUGACGAUGACGAUGACGAGCCGCAGCAGUAUUAUACUGGUGGUGAAAAGAGUGGAAUGCUGGUUCAAGACCCUAGCAAACGUUAUGAUGUGGAUGGAAUUUUUGAUCAAGCUCGACAUUCAGGUGCUGUAGAAAGACCUGCUGAUUACCAUCGGCCGUCUUCGAGCUCGAGAAGCUUCCCUGGAACGGGGAGGUUGCUUUCAGGGGAUACAAUGGUAUCAUCUGCUCCUCAACCACCUGCAGCUGUCAAUCAUGCUGUUACUCUAUGGAGGAACGGGUUCACGGUGGAUGAUGGUCCUUUAAGGAGGUUUGAUGAUCCCGCUAAUGCCUCCUUUUUGGAGAGCAUCAAGCGAUCUGAGUGUCCAAAAGAACUUGAACCAUUGGAUAGGGGGACUCAAGUGCAUCUUGAUCUCAUGCGGCGAGAGGAAAACUACUCUGAACCAGAGAAGCCUCUAGUUUCAUUCCAAGGUGUGGGAAGAGCUUUAGGUAGCAGCAGUGACGCCACUGUCCCUGCUGCCUCUGAGCCAACCGUUGCUUCUCUCAAGGCUGCCCCAGUCCCAACCCCAGGUCUAGUGCUAGAUUCUUCUUCACCAACAACCUCAAUUCAGCUCAGGUUAGCUGAUGGCACGCGCAUGGUUUCUCGCUUCAACUUAAACCAUACUAUCAGAGACAUACGUGCCUUCAUUGAGGCAUCAAGGCCAGGUGGGGCAAGCAAUUAUCAACUGCAGACGAUGGGAUUCCCUCCAAAACAGCUCACUGAUCCGGAUCAGACUAUUGAGGAGGCUGGCAUAGCUAGCUCUGUUGUCAUCCAGAAAUUCUAACUGGGUUGCUGGUGGACAUUUCUUCCGCUUGAUUGGAUUCGUGACACUUACAUUAAAUGCGUUUAUUUACAAUUGUUAUGGAAUUUGUUUAUACGGUAGAAGUUUAAUUUGUUUUCAGGCCUAUUCGCAUAAGAAUUAGGGUUGGGUCCUUCUGUUGUUAUUCCUAGGCUGCAUUUGCACGGACCUUAUAGUGAUCGAUCAUUUUUUAUUCACCCAGCGCAGUGGAUUGCACAUGCCACGUAACAGGUACAAACUGAUAAAAACUAAA